AUGGCUGCUCCUGACUCCGACUCCAAACCUCUUUUCUCUCUGGACUCGUACCAUGUCUCCGCAGAGCUUGGCUUCAUCCUCCCGGAUCCUCUGGUAGAGCUUCCACCUUACUACCAACCAUGGAUGGAUAUUGCCCUACGAGUCCCAGAGCUCGUGGACUCUCACGAGUUGCGCUUCCAUAUUAAUGAAAUGCCGCUGCUGAGCAGCCAGUUUCUGCAGAAACACCGGGAGUUACGGCUGGCCCACCUGGCCCUCAGCAUGAUCACCAUGGGUUACGCCUGGCAGGAGGGAGAGAACGACACAGUCAAGAUGCUGCCACAUAACCUGGCAGUCCCAUACUGGGAGGUGUCACAGCGCUUAGGACUUCCCCCAAUUCUCACCCAUGCAGAUGCAGUACUUGCUAACUGGAAGAAGAAGGAUCCAGAGGGGCCUUUUGAAAUAGAGAACCUAGAGCUGCUGUUCAGCCUCCCGGGUGGAGACAGUGUGCGAGGUUUCUUUAUGGUUACUCUGCUGGUGGAGCUGGCAGCAGUCCCUGCUCUGAGGAACAUUCCCGUUGUGAUCAACGGUGUCAGGUGUGGAGACACCGAGGCUGUGGCCACAGCCCUGGAGGCCGUCUGCCAGUCUCUACAGGACAUGACCGAUGCACUCAAACUGAUGCAGGCGUACGUGGAGCCUUCGGUCUUCUAUGGCAUCAUGAGGAUCUACCUGUCUGGGUGGAAAGACAACCCCUGUAUGCCAAAGGGUCUUGUUUAUGAAGGGGUGCGGGCCGAGCCGAUGGAGUUCUCAGGCGGGAGCGCGGCACAGAGCAGCCUGCUGCACUGCUUCGAUGAACUUCUGGGAGUCAAACACGAAGCAAAAAGUGGUGCCUUUCUAACCCGCAUGAGGAACUACAUGCCGCCUGCCCACAGGCAGCUGAUCCAGGACAUCUCGUCGCGGCCCUCCCUGAAGAGUUUUGUCCAGCAGCAGGCCAGCGAGCGGCUGCGCCAGGCCUUUCAGCACUGCGUCACAAAGCUGUUGGCCCUGCGCAGCUACCACAUCAACGUCGUCAGCCGCUUCAUCACUGUACCCGCUGCCCGCGCACGACAACUUCGACACCAGAGGCAGGAGCUAGAGGCGGAGGUGAUCAGCAGAGCGCCCGCAGCGUUAGAGGAGAGGGGCACCGGCGGCUCCGGCAUCAUGACCUUCCUUAAGACAGUGAGGGACCAAACAAAAGUCGCUCUGCUGCCCGAGAUGAGCAAAGAAACGAUGCCCCACAGCUGAUGUGAGCCGUCGUCACACCUCAGGAUACGCAGCAGAGAGUCAA